AUGUUGAAGUCUGCGUUGGCUCAGGAUAUCAUAGUCCCGAGCCUGGGUGAACACACCGCAGGAUAUCAAUCGGAGCAGCGUGUUGACUGCCAACUUGCCGACGAACUUGCCGUGAAUGCGCCGCCAUCUUAUGCCAGAAGUCAAGGCUGUUCGGCGGUGUACUCAGGAUGUGUGCAUCAAUCUUCAGGCUUCGCAGUGCUUUGGAAAACCCACCACGCUGUCGCGAACGGAGUCUUAAGCUGGGCCAUUCAUGAUUCAAUUAACAAGGACCCAGAUUUUGUGCAGACGGCCGACGUGUUGUCUGCGAUCAAAACAGUCCGCGAUCUAAACAGCCUGACAUUCAUCAAGCUUCACAAGUCGGGUCGAACAUUUUGUUGUGACCCGGGAACCCGUGAUAGCGACACCCUUGUCCGCGCUGCGUCUCAAGGAUACGAGGAUACUCGUACAAUAUGCAGGGAUCGACUGUCGCGGAUUGAGUGUCUGAAGAUGUCCCAUCGAAGGCUGUCACUGAGUCAAGGACGCCAGCCUGUGAGAGGAUACCUGAGAUCACAGUACACGUCAGGCUCGGGCUUCACGGCCCUUCACCUAUUUACUUACUUAUCCCGCAUGCGCUUCUACGUCUGCCUGGGGAGACUAGCAUCUACUCUACAAGAGGCGUCGAUAAUUUUCACACGGCAGACAAUUGGACGAGACAAAGAUGACAUCUCAUUGGCUGAGAGACGAACACCGAGCGCUGCCCGACCUCUUGAGUCUGACGCGGCGCCCUCAGCCACUGCGCGUUCCUCCUCUGCAAGCUCGGAGGCCCUCGCUCCACAUGUUCUGCACAGCGGACACUUUUUCCAUAUCCCAUAUCCAUGCAGAUGGCUUGAAUUUACUUAUGCCGCUACACUGCCGUCCUUUGCCCGCCUUCGCCACAAUAACUCGGCACAAAUGGCAGCUAUACCACCGCCUGUCAAUACUCCAUGGAGUGCGCGUCGGCGUGAGGAUCGUCAAGCGCAGGAGAUGAUGAGCCCGACUAGGGAUUGCAGUGAAGGCCAAGCGCUUGAGCGACCGGAUGACAGGACACACAAGCAGGCUAGGUCAUCCGAGAUGCAGGCUCCCACAUACAGAUUAGAGGGAAGUAGGCAGAAUGUACGUCUUUCUUCCCAGUGGUCUGAAGCACCGGAGUUGACCUUCCCCAGGGUGCAGUCGCCGUGGUGA